AUGUACUUGAAUAGAGCAAUAUAUCGCCUGCAGACAGAACACAAUGCGCAUUCAGCAAGUCGAGAUGCAGCUACCGGCGGUGAUCAAAUAAAGCCAAACUUUAUUCACUCUUCUGAUAUACCGAGAAAAGUUGCAAGUUUAAUUAAUUCAAUAUCAAAAUCCCGACAAAAGAGAAUCUCAGAGGAAUGCAGCAACAACUGUAUUGAAAUAACUGUCCAUAUUGAACUUAAUUCUUUGGUGAGUCGGAGUUCUACCGACCUCCUUACGUUGUUGCAAACGAACAUGAUCUCAGUUGUUCAAAGUUGUGGUGAUUCCACACUGAGACAAAAUUAUCUUUAUGAUAUAAUCACCAGUCGGAAGAAAAACAAGAUUCAACCGGAUGUUCUUCAAACAAAAGAUGUAUUUGUUGUCACAUUUAGAUUAGUUGUAUCCAAUUUUGACGCAUUAGGAAAUUUCAUAAUCGAAGAAGAUGAAAAUUUUCAACUACUACAAUCUCAUGAUCCAAGAGGCGAAUUAGUUGCUGGAAUCAAGCAAUACAUCAAGGAACUUUGUAUACAUCUACGGUGCCAGCACAAGGUAAAAAACGAUGGCUCAAACUCUGAUGUCAGCGAUUCUACUUUGGAAUGUAGCGAAGACGAUGCAUUGUACUUGGCAGAUGAUAUUGGUGGAGCUCAUAUUGAGCCUUUGGUUUCCAAUGAGACACUAACUGACGAGUUUCGGAGAAGAUUUAGCGAUAUUAGCGACGAAGAGAAGGGAUUGAAAUGUAAGCAUACUUUUCUUGAAAAUAUAAAUAAUUUAAGACAUAACGAUGAGGACAAGCAGGUGAAUCAGGAUGGAGAACAGAUUCUUUUCCAGAAUGAGGCACUUAAACAACCGAUAAAGCUUUCACCAUUAACCCCAGAGGAUCAGAUACACCUUGAUGACUUGGUUGAAGUGUCAUACGAAGAAAGUGAUAGAGAGUACGCAGAUGAUUUUCAAGUGCAUAGAUUUGCUUCAUCUUCGCCAAAGAAACACAUUGAAGACGAUGAUGAAAUAAUGAGAUUCUCCCGCAAAUCCUCAUUCCAAUCGCCUACCAGAAGGAGAGCCGUGUCACGCAUGUCCUCGAGUCAUUCUGUCUCAAUGAUCAACACUGAUGACAAGUAUGGGCUACAAUAUGCCUAUAAUUCUGAUUCGGCUGCUGUUCCGUCAUACAUCAAGCAAAAUAAAAAGUUCAAAUUCAUCAAGGUUGGUAAAGUGCAGAAAUUUGUCCAUUUGUUUGAAGAGCAGUAUCAAUCGGAAAAGAAAUAA